AUGUGUGGUAUGGAGCCCUGGAAAACUAUCUCUGUUGCACUUGGUGGAAAGCAAUUCAAAAUUACUACAACUCCAUACCAACAUCUGCCUAGUGGUGAGUGCACUGGCUUUAUCAUCACUUCCAAGGAGUUUGGUGUUGCAACGAAUGGUAAGCCUAAUGCUAUCUACUUCACCGGCGACACGGUGUACAUUGGUGAGCUUGCCAAAAUACCGGAGAAAUUCCACGUUGUGUGCGCUGUGAUGAACCUCGGCUCCGCGUUCGCUGUUCUUCCUCAAGGCGCUCACCUUUUCCGCACUAUCAAGGCUGACUACCUUGUGCCAAUGCACUAUGAGUCUUGGGGACACUUCGUUCAAUUUGGGAAGGAUUUGGUCAAGGUCUUUGAAGAGGAGGGUAUUAUGGACAAAGUUCGUUGGCUGAGCCCGGGAAAGUCUGUCAAGGUCCCGUAG